AUGCGAAGAUGUGCAUCAGCGGCACAAUUCUCGAGCGAGAGCAUUGUUACCAAGACUACCUUCUCUGGCCCUGGCUUGGCGGAAUUCAUUCGCAAGUCCAAGGACGACACGGCCUCUCCUGUCCAAGACGAAGAAAGUACGAUGAAUAUGCCAUCGCGUGUCACGGAACUGGCGGACAUGGAACCCGUGGCGCCUCCCAAAUCUUUUCACAUUGAGACAUAUGGAUGUCAAAUGAACUCGUCCGAUUCAGAGAUCGUUCGCGCCAUCCUGCUCAAGCACGGGUAUAUCGAUAAGCCGUCCAGUGAAGACGCGGACGUUGUGCUCUUGAACACUUGUGCGAUUCGCGAGAAUGCUGAAGCGAAGAUCUGGCGACGCCUCGAGGUAUUCAAGCAGAACAAGGUCAAGGCGCGCAAGCAAAAGAAGGGCACACCAACUCAAACCGUCGGUGUGUUGGGAUGCAUGGCUGAGCGCUUGAAGACCAAGCUGCUCGAGUCCGACAAGAUGGUGGACCUGGUCGUCGGCCCCGACGCGUACCGUGACUUGCCGAACUUGAUUGGGAUUCUCACUCAGGGUGCUCAAGACACUGCCGUGAACGUCCAGGUGAGUCCAUUCUUUUGUAGUGUAUUCCCGUACACUUUCUUCUGA